ACCUCCAGCCUCAAGACAUGUCCUGCUACAACCCGUGCCUGCCAUGCCGGCCCUGUGGCCCAACCCCACUAGCCAACAGCUGCAACGAGCCCUGUGUCAGGCAGUGCCAGAACUCCACUGUCAUCAUUGAGCCUCCCGCUGUGGUGGUGACCCUGCCUGGCCCCAUCCUCAGCUCCUUCCCACAGAACACCGUUGUGGGCUCCUCCACCUCCGCUGCUGUUGGCAGCAUCCUCAGCUGUGAUGGCGUGCCCAUCAACUCUGGCUGCUGUGACCUCUCUGGCUUUUCCAGCUGCUGUGGUGGCAGAAGGUGCCUCCUGUGA